AUGCUGCUCCCCAACGCCAAGCCAGUCAAGUUGACCGAUAAUGUGACCAUCCACGCACCUCUCUCGCGCCAAGGGCACGGACCGGGCAUCAUAAUUAUCCGGGAUGAUACGCCCACCAGCCAACGGAACGAACGAAGCACGCUAGAUCCCGAGCCACUGCAGAAGUGGGCAGAGGAAAGCUAUACUGUCGUCCAAGUGACGGUUUCCUCGGACCAUCCCGCAGUCAAGGAGGAUCUUCACAGGGCUAUUGAUGCUCUUAGCGGGCACGAUAAUUGUGACAAGGAGACAGGAUACGGUGGUAUCUCAGUCUAUUCGCCAUCGUUUGUCGCGGACAUAGUCGACGAAAUCGACAAAUACGAUGAAAUUAAAGCUAUUGUGUCAUAUGGAAGACUCACCAGAACCCCGAAUAAACCGUUUCUUUACCACUUGCCCGAGCAAGGGACGAAGGAAAAAUCCGAGAGUGGAGUUAUCUACCGGUAUCCAGAAGUUGUAUCGGCCUCCUUCAUCAUUCCUUCGCACAAGGACUUCAACGCCUCCUCGGCCGCAGUGGCCCAUACUCGUUGUCUGUCGUUCUUGAAGAAAGAGCUGGACGGACCGUGGUUUGACCUCGAAGAGAUAUGGGACGAACAUACCAAGUAUGAGUUCGACGAACGAUCAGUCGAAAAUACCAUGAGCACUAUGGUUCAGGAACCAUAUGUGAAUCACAUCCCAACAAUGACUGGCGGUAUUGGGAGAGAGAAGCUGACCUCCUUCUACGCCAAUCAUUUCAUCUUCAGUAAUCCAGAAGAUACUAAACUGGAGCUCGUCAGUCGUACUAUUGGCAUUGAUCGGGUUGUGGACGAGUUUGUCUUUUGCUUGACUCAUGACAAGCCGGUUGACUGGCUUAUUCCCGGAAUCCCCCCUACCGGAAAGGAGCUUCGAAUUCCUUUCAUGGCUGUGGUCAAUAUUCGCGGAGACAGGCUGUACCAUGAGCAUAUUACAUGGGAUCAACUGACAGUUCUCUUCCAGCUCGGUUUGAUGCCAGAAUAUCUACCGAUCCCUUAUGACCUCCCUAAUCGUCCUGAUUCACAGGCAGGUCGUACACUUGAAUAUCGUGUACCGGGCGCAGGGGCCCAAACAGCAGAUAAGAUGGUCGAUGAGAGCAGUGUGGCUUCUAAUGAGAUGUUUUGUUAUGCUGUGCGGGAGAGGUCAGUUUGA